GCUAGUUUCAGAGAGGAGGUGGCAGACAGAUGCCUCUUCGAAACAGUCAACAGUCGUCCACUUACGACCAGUUUUUCCUCUCUUACUGCUGAGGAGCAGCUGUUGGGAUGCCAAAGAAGUUCCAAGGUGAGAACUCCAAGGCGGCCACAGCCAGAGCCCGCAAGGCUGAGGCCAAGGCGGUGGCAGACGCCAAGAAGAAGCAGCAGGAAGAGGAUGCUCUGUGGCAGGAAACAGACAAACAUGUACUCAAAAAAGAGCAGAGAAAGGAUGACAAGGAAAAGAAGAGACUCGAGCUUCUGGAGAGGAAAAAGGAAAACCAGCGUCUUCUGGAAGAGGAGAACUCCAGCAUAAAAGGCAAAUCCCAGAAAGAGGCUGGAUCUGGAGGAAAAGUGACUCGUGCUCAGAUCGAGGAAGUACUUCAGAAUGAGCUACAGCAACAGCAAGAGCAACAGCUCAAGCCACAAGAGAAGAGCCAUCUGGAGACUCCACUGGAGGAGAAUGUGAACAGAAUUAUCCCGGAUGAAGGAACUGUGGAAGCCAGAACAAUAGAAGACGCCAUUGCGGUGCUCAGUACUGGGCCUGAGGACGUGGACCACCACCCAGAGCGGAGGAUGAAAGCAGCAUUUGCUGCCUUUGAGGAGGCCAACAUGCCUCGCCUCAAAAAGGAGAACCCCAACAUGAGGCUGUCGCAGCUCAAGCAGCAGUUAAAGAAGGAGUGGAUGAAGUCGCCAGAGAACCCCCUGAACCAACGCUUUGCUUCCUACAACUCAAAGUGAAUGCACUGUUUCUCCCCUUAACUCCAUUUAAAAACUACCUGCCUCUGCACAUGGAAGACUUCCAUCGAAAAAUUGAAUAAUUUUAUUUCAAAGUGAGAAAAGUUGCUGAUGAGAUCUUCACCACUUCCCACCCAAAAACAAUCUCUACAAUGCCAGAUCACUAGCAAGGAGAAGCUUAAUAUCCUCCGCUAUCAGGGUCACAAGUGAUCACAGUGUCUGUGCACGUGGCUUCUUACUUGGCACUUCAGCGUUCAAUGAAUUUAACUUCAUCAUCUUUUUUUCUAGCACGUCUGGGGAGGUGGGAAGCCAGAUGUUUUGAGAGUAACUUAUUAAAGUUCACCGCUCAAUCAUCAA